GCGAGUUCUGUGCGGUCAUGUUUACCGUUCAAUUUAUUUUAUAACAUUUUUAAUACGUUUUAAUUGCGACUUUAAAAUUUUUAUGCGUUGGAUCUUUUAACAUUGCUGGGGACUCUUUUAAUUGUUCAGUUAUGUCCAAAGAAACGACUUUUACUGUCCUUCCUAUUACUGCUAACGAUGAGGAGGAAAUAAUGGACUUACUUAAAAGAACAUUCUACAUCGACGAACCCUUGAACGAGGCAGUAGGGUUAUAUGAUUCCGGUUCAUGUCUAGAGGUAGAGGAAUAUUGCAGGGAUUCCCUACUGAAAGGAUUGUCUUUCAAAGCCGUCGAGCCUAAGGGAAAAAUCAUUGGUACCAUGAUAAAUGGAAUAUGUCCAUUGGAGGAUGAAGAUGAGGAGAACAGUCUCUUGAAUCAAGCACUUCGAUGUCCCAAUCCUAAAUUCCAGAGGAUUCUACAUAUUCUAGCCAGAAGGGAGGAAGGCGCUAAACUUGCUGAGAAAUUUCCAAGUGAUAAAGUUUUUGUGGAUAUUAAGGUUGCAGCUACAGACCCACAUUGGAGGAGAAGAGGUGUAAUGAACGAGCUAUUGAGAGAAACGGAGAAUAUCACAAAGCAACGCGGCAUAAGAAUACUACGCAUGGAUACAUCUAGCGCCUAUUCCGCGAUGUCAGCUGAGAGGCUCGGCUUCAAUUGCAUUUACAAAGCGGCGUACAAGGACAUUAAGCUGAACGGUGAACCUCUGAUCGUACCCAAAGAACCGCAUGUAAACGACGCAGUGUACAUAAAACUACUUUCAGGAAGCGAUCCUGGAACACUUGUUCAUAAUAAAACGUGAAUUCCACAUGUGAUUACUACAGCUGUAAUCAUCAGAAUGAUUAUAAAAUAUUUUUAACGUUGUUUCAGUCAAUUACUUAAAAAUGCGCUCCUAUUUUUCGAUAUGUUUAAUUAUUGUAGUUUAUGUUAAUUAUUUUUAAAAGAAUUGUUGUUAAUAUAUUACCUUUUCCAGUGUCUGCGAAAUAAAUAUUUA